CUAACUGUUAAUCCUAGAUCAUAAAAUCUCGCAGAUUGUAAAGGAGUUUUCAAGGGCAGCCAUAAUACUAGCUUAACAUAUUUUUCGCAAGGAAAAACCUUUGCAGCUGCGCAAACCUCUGGUUCUACCUGUUCAUACCUGCCGCAAAUAGAUCAAAGAUGCAUACUUUUCAUAAUUUUGUAAAUAAAAAUGGCAACGUCGAUCCAAAUCGCAUGCCAGUUCAAGACAGUACGGAGACGUGGCCAGAACAAGCUCUAACAGCAGCUUACAGAAAGCCAAAUACACAUCACCUGAAUAUUCAGCCAAAUAAUCUGAGUCAAAAUAAUUUUCUGCCAGUUCUGCCCGUUGCACCUGCGCCCUAUUCAUUUUCAUAUCAACAGUUUUUAAGUCAAUUCGCACCGAAUCUGGUGCCCUACUAUUAUACAUUAGUGAAUCCGCCUCUUAAUUAUAACUUUAACUUAGGCUACCACCAGAGUGUGGCACCUACGAUGGACGUCGAGAAAUAUAUCAACUAUGAGCUCAGCAAGCAGCAGAGUUUGAUGCGGAAACACAAUGUGCAAACGCGUCCACUAGGACAGCUUCAGUUGCCAGUUAAUCGACAGUUGUUGAUACCCAAAAAGGAGCCACAGGAGCGGCGGAUCAUCAACGUCCAGGUGGUUUCCAUGUCUGCUGCCAACUCGCGGGCACGCAAGUCAGAUAUAGAUCCAUUGCCUCCUGUUGAGGCCUCGUUCAAGGAGCGUGUGGCGAAGAUAAACAAAAGUCAACAUCAUUAUACGCAGCUCUUCGAUCGACUGACUAGCAUGCUGCAGACGUUAAAUCGACGCUACGAUGGCAAUGAACCAGAGCCAGAGCCAAAGGUUGAGUUUGAUGAAGCACCUCCGCCACCCAAGAAACGCGCUCGCCACGACAUAUCCAGCAGUUCGAGCGAAUCUCAUCAGGAGACGGAGCAUACCACAGUAACCUCACAUUACCCGCAACGCGUGCAGCUGGCAGAUGGCAGUUCGGAGUACGUGCUGGGCCCCAAUGGCACGCGCAUCAAUGCCAAGGCAUAUGGCCAAAUAUGCUGGACAAGUGCACCCGUUGCAACACGCUGUUUGCUGGCAGCCGUCUUCAGCAACGAUGAUCUGGCCACGCAUACGCUGACUGGCAAGCCGUCGCCCGCUUUCUAUGGACGUGAGCGUCCAGCCAAGAAGAUGCUGGACCAGAAUCGAGUUGAUGAUAUUGUUGUCAGUGUGCGCAAUCGCACCGGCUGCAAGGAGCGUCAUAUAAGAGCCACCAUUACCACCAAAUGCGCCGAUACGGCAAAGAAAUACAAGCGACGCGCCAAAAAGGCGCUUAAGGACAACGUCAUUGACGAAUGAUGGCAAGAUAAUAUUGAUUUAAAUAUGAUAUGGAUGUGAUCCAAGCAAAUCAACACAUAGAUAUAAGAGUCAUUACAAUAAUUGUAGACAUUCCAAUGCGAAUAAAGAUGCUCAAGAAAAAGCAAA